CCUCCACUUUUCUUGGACUUGCUGAGUGGCUGACCUUGUAGUUGCUACUUGAAGCUGCUGCCCGUCAUCGUGCAUGUGGACUAGAUCACUUCACGUCUUGCGUGGCAACCUACCACAGAUUUUUUUUUUUUUUUAAUGCAGCUCAGUUGUUUCAGCACCAUUGUCCUGAAGCGAACAACAAAUGUCAGACAGCAUUGUUGCCUUUUUUUAAUUGGCAGUGCAAUGUUGUAAUAGAAAUAAACAAUUACACAACAUGUACAUUCAUACUCAAUCUGUUGUCACAUGGUUUGUCUUGACUGUUGCACAAUGUCACUUCAUCUGUCAAAGCUCUUCUCUUCUGUAUUUUGUCUCAUUGCUGGAAUUUCCUCUGUUGUGUUCUACUCAAGCAAUAAAUCUUUCAGUAUCCAGAAUUCUCCUGAUAGAGCAAACAAAAACCUCAAGAAACCAACUGCUUCUGUUUUUCACUACUGCGUUUACAGGAGGUUUGAUUCUGCUGCGAGAGUUUGCUUUGUAUUGACGCGGAAGACGAAAAAGGAAGCACCUCUUACAAUGAUGCGUUUCCUGCUGUGGCUAACAUUGGCCUCUUCGGUUUCCUGCAACAUCAUUUGCCCAGAUGGCUCCGUGUGUUCGACUCAGGCCACCUGUUGUCGAACAGCACACGGAUACAGCUGCUGUCCGUAUCCAAAUGCUGUGUGCUGCACUGACCUGUCUCACUGCUGCCCGCCUGGAUUCCAGUGCAACCUCCAGGCUCAUCUGUGUGAACGGACCGGCCAGCCCUGGCUCACCAUCCCUCUGACGGCAAAAGUGGAAUCCCAAAAUCCAACUAGGCCCCUUCUACUGCAAGACAAGACCGUGAGUGAGGCUCCAGAGGCCGGUGGUGGUGCAGUCAUUCGCUGUGACUCUCAGUUCUUCUGUCCGGCCGGCUCCAGCUGCUGCCUCGGAUCCACGGGCAGGUGGAACUGCUGCCCCUACCAAGUGGGCGAGUGUUGUCCAGACGGCGAGCACUGCUGUGCGUAUGGAUACCACUGUGACCCUUCCUCACAGUCAUGCAACAAAUGGUUCUCACAGAACUGAUCAAGAACUGUGGAACUCUGGGAUUCAGACUGGUGAACUCUGCCAGCGUGUUAAAAGCGCUGCCACUUCCUCAACACUCUUUCAAAAUCACAUCAUGAGAAGCAUCAAGGCUGCCGCUCAAAUCCACUGCUGAUGAAAUAAAUGUUUGUGUUCUGUGUGUUGGUUCUGCUCAUAAGCCGCUACUUACUUACUUAAUAUACUUUGGGUCUUCAUGAAAAGCCAUUUCACGCUGAGAAUGUCCAUUCACUUCAUUCACAACCUUCAGCUCGAGAUAAGAGGGUCCAUCUCUGUAUGGUAUGUAGCUUUAAGGAAUUGAAGCCCUGGUUCACAGCAUCUUGCUUGGAAGAUAUACACAAAUGCAUGAUUUCAAAGAAUUUUAUGAGGUAUUUUUGAGCAAAUGUUUGUGAUUUGUGGUGGAAUUUUUGCCUCGGUGAGCAAUAUAUCGUCUCAUUGUGCUCCAAAAGUAUAUCUUGGUGACAUAAUAAUUUCUUCCCCAAGGGGGCGUCAGGUAUUGACAUAUGCCUGACCGGGAACAGAUUUCUGUGUUAUUUACAUGCUCUUGGCGUUUCAUAUGUUUUCUGUAAAUGCAUUGAGUUGUGUGUGUCUGUGUGUGUAGCUGCACAAACACACAAGGAGUUGCUUCAAGCGUGUUUGGUCCCUCUGUGGUUUUAUAUCGUGGAUUAUUGGCUCUAUGAUUCUGCUAGAGGACAUUCUCCUACUGAAAGUCUGAGUCUGAAAAUAAAUCCACACUAUUAAUGUUAAAUAAUGUGGAAUACUCUCUGUAUUUUCUUCCCACCAUAAGUGCGCGCUAAUGGAUGGCACUGUGUGUGUAGCAGGGAUUCUCUUACAAGGUGUCAGAAGGUCAAAGCAGAGGUCAGUGUAAUUUUACACUGGGCUACUGUGUCCCAUUGCUAAGUGUUGCAUCUUUUCCUGGGUGCACACACACUUGAAGUAUAUAUUUAAGUCAAACACAGUAUAGAUUAUGACCAGGUUGUGCAACCACCCACUGACUUAUUUUCUUACUGACCUGCAGCAGCCCUGAGAGCCUGAACAUCUGGCCUACAUGUGUGUGGAUUGAGGAAAG